AUGUCCAGAAUUUCGGAGAAUGAUCGAACAAGUAUCAGAAGUAUGGGAGGCGAAAGCAAAUGGAGGAAGGUCAAGCUCGCUCUAGGCCUAAAUACAUGCCUUUACGUCCCUAAAACCGCCGACGACAAUGAAUCACCGCCGUCGCCGUCUUCACGCUCUCGUAAGAGUUCAGAUAUUCGUCACCGAAUGCCCACGACUCCGACUCCUUCGUCCUCCGGCCUUCAGUUAUCAAAAUACGGUAUUAAAUCGUCGUCCAAGAGGAUUUGUGCAAUAUGUUUAACUACAAUAAAACCGACCAAUGGUCAUGCCAUCUUCACUGCAGAAUGCUCACAUUCCUUCCAUUUCAAUUGCAUUACAUCAAAUGUCAAACACGGGAAUCGCGUCUGUCCUGUUUGUCGGGCAAGAUGGAAAGAAAUCCCUUUUGAGAAUUCCGGUUCUUCUCGCGUAAAGUCAAACACCAAUUCCGGCUCAUGGGCCCACAAUGAUUCCUACAUGAUUCUACAAGGAUUACCCCCGCAACAACUCCAUUCCAGUCGUAACGUCCCAUUCCUAUUCCAAUCCCUCGAGCCUCCCGUCUUUGACGAUGACGAGCUACUCAGCCAGACCCCCGAAGAAGUCUUUAGUAAUUCCGAUUCCGAUCAAGGAAUGGAAAUGACAACAUACCCUGAAAUUUCAGCAGUAGCAAAGUCAACUCGGUUUGACAAUUUCGCUAUUUUAAUAAACCUAAAAGCGCCUGUGACUAAAGGAAACAUGAACUCACGAGCACCGAUUGAUCUCGUGACUGUUCUUGAUAUUAGUGGAAGUAUGACGGGAACAAAGAUUGCUUUAUUAAAACAAGCAAUGGGCUUUGUAAUCCAAAAUCUCGGCCCAUUGGACCGGCUUUCAGUAAUCGCGUUUUCUUCUUCAGCCCGACGCCUAUUCCCACUCCGGCGUAUGACGGAAUCAGGAAAACAAGAAUCUUUACAAAUGAUCAACUCGUUGGUGGCGAAUGGUGGAACAAACAUAGCCGAGGCCUUGAAAAAGGGCGCGAAAGUCAUGACUGACCGGAAAUUCAAGAAUCCGGUCAGCAGUAUGAUAUUGUUGUCAGACGGGCAGGACACGUACACCAGCAUCAGCCCGAGAAAAAACGGAUCCAAAACCGAUUACCAAUCACUUUUACCAUCUUCUUUCCAAAUCAAGAAAUCCAAUUCCGAUUCCGAUGUGAUUCGGAUUCCGAUUCACACGUUUGGGUUCGGAAUGGACCAUGAUGCUUCCGCGAUGCACACUAUCUCGGAACAUUCCGGAGGAAUGUUUUCAUUCAUAGAAGCCGAGAAUGUUAUACAAGAUGCUUUUGCUCAAUGUAUUGGCGGGCUUUUAAGUGUUGUGGUUCAAGAGUUACGGGUCGAAGUCGAAUGUGUUGAUCCGGUUUUGAAACUCGGGUCGAUUAAAGCCGGGAGUUAUAAAGUGAAUAUGGGGUCUGAUUUUCGAUCCGGGUUUAUUGAAGUUGGUGAUUUAUACGCUGAAGAAGAACGGGAUUUUCUUGUGGGAAUUGAUAUUCCGGUUGAAGAAUCAUCGGGUGAUGAAAUGUCAUUAGUGAAAUUCAAAGUUAUUCAUAAAGACCCGAUAAAGAAAACCACCGUGACACUUGGUGGAAAUGAAAACGUGACAAUCUCGAGGCCGGAAACCACUGCCGGAAAACAAGUAGUUUCGAUUGAAGUCGACCGGCAAAGGAACCGCCUUAACGCCGCCAGUGCGAUAGCGGAAGCGCGGGUGGCAGCGGAACGUGGGAACCUGGCGGCAGCGACGUCGGUGUUGGAUGAUUGCCGGAGGAAGCUGUCGGAGUCGGUGGCGGCGUGUGGCGGAGACCGGUUGUGUGUGGGGUUGGUAGCGGAGUUGAGGGAGAUGAAAGAGAGAAUGGCGAGCCGGAGAGUCUACGAGUCGUCGGGUCGGGCUUACGUGUUGUCGGGGUUGAGCUCGCAUUCGUGGCAGCGGGCCACCGCGAGGGGUGAUUCAACGGAGGUGACAAGUGUGAUUCAGGCGUAUCAGACACCGUCGAUGGUGGACAUGGUUAAUUUGUCGCAGACUAUGUGUUUUAGCCGGAGCCCAUCUUCGUCCAUGGGUGCACAGAGUAAGAAGUCGUUGAGGUCAAUACAGUCAUUUCCUGCACCACACCCGAGGUGAAAGUGAAAUAAAGGGCGAUUAAAGUUUGUGUGGUUUUUGAUGGGUGGGUAUAUUAUAUUGGAUUAGUUGGGUGUAAUGUAAGGGAAUAAUUCUUUUCUUUUGGGGUUGUUAGAAAAUUGAUUGAUCCUAAACUUGGAAGAAUGUAUUCUUACGAAAUUAAGGAAAAAAAAAAACGAAAAUAGUGAUAUUGUAUUUGUGAUUUUUGUGCCCUCUUUAAAAUAUUAGGUGGUAUUGGGGUGUUAGGGAUUGGUUAUGCUUGUUGAUUUAUUUGUUUUUUAUUAAGUCAAUAAUAUAUAUAUAUAUAUAUAUA